AUGGCCAGUCCGGAGCCCCGGCGCAGCGGGGAUGGCGCCACCCAAGCCGCGAGGGAAACAAAAGCAGAUGCCAAGUUUCCUCUUCAGGAAGAGAACUCUAAAUCCCUGAAUGAGGCGGAGACCUUGAACCCGGAGGUUACUCUAUCUUUGAAGGGGACCUUGAACCUAGAGGAUAUUCUCUACCUGGGAGACACAGGUGACCUCCAUGAGACACUGUUUGUGGAACAGACUGAAAAGCCAGAGGAGACACUGUAUAUUGAGGAGAUUGUGCAGCCAGAUGAGGCACUGUACGUGGAAGAGCCCAUGAAGCCAGAGGAGACGCUAUAUGUGGAAGAGACUAGGAAGCCAGAUGAGAUACAGUUUGCGGAAGAGCCCAUGAAGCCAGCAAAGGCCGCAGCCCCAGAGCAGAUCCAACAUGUGGGAGAGAUGGUCACAACGGAGAAUUCUAACCCUGAGGCGAGUCUCAGAGCUGGGCCUAGCCCCAGCACAGAGGAGGCCCUGAGCAUAGAGGACCUGGAAUUGCUAGAGGAGCGUUUCCAGCAGUGUGUCCAAGCUGUGGCCCAGCUGGAAGAGGAGAGGGAUCAGCUCAUUCAUGAGCUUGUGUUGCUCCGGGAACCAGCCCUACAAGAGGUGCAGCAAGUCCAUCAGGACAUCCUGGCUGCCUAUAAACUGCACGCCCAAGCAGAGCUGGAGCGAGAUGGGCUGAGGGAGGAGAUCCGGCUGGUCAAGCAGAAGCUGUUCAAAGUAACAAAGGAAUGUGUGGCCUACCAAUACCAGCUGGAGUGCCGCCGGCAGGACGUGGCCCAGUUUGCUGAUUUCCGGGAAGUGCUGACUACAAGGGCAUCCCAGCUCUCAGAAGAGCUGGCCCAGGCCAGGGAUGCUUAUCAGAGGCAGAAGGAGCAGUUGCGACAACAACUAGAAGCACCACCUAGCCAGAGGGAUGGGCACUUUCUCCAGGAGAGCCGGCAGCUCUCUGCCCAGUUUGAGAACCUCAUGGCAGAAAGCCGCCAGGGCCUGGAGGAGGAGUAUGAGCCUCAGCUGCUGCGGCUCCUAGAGAGGAAAGAAGCUGGGGCCAAAGCUCUACAGAAAACCCAAGCCGAGAUCCAGGAGAUGAAGGAAGCUCUGAGGCCCCUGCAAGCCGAGGCUCGGCAGCUCCACCUGCAAAACAGGAACCUGGAGGACCAGUUGACACUUGUGAGGCAAAAACGAGACGAGGAGGUUCAGCAGUACAGGGAACAGCUGGAGGAAAUGGAAGAACGACAGAGGCAGUUAAGAAGUGGGGUGCAACUCCAGCAGCAGAAGAACAAAGAGAUGGAGCAGCUAAGGAUCAGCCUCGCUGAAGAGCUCUCAGCGUAUAAGGCUAUGCUACCCAAGAGCCUGGAAAAGGCUGAGGCUCCUACUUCUCAGAGAGGUGAAAUUGAAAAUGCUUGGUUCAAAUAUUCAGGGUUCAUUUGGAAUGUCUCAAUUUCUAAGCAGGACUCAACACAUGCCCUAAUUAUCACGAGGAACUCUGUAACAGGAUUAACCAUCUAGGCUCUCUGCAUUCUCACUUUCCCAUCCCACCCGCCAUUCAUAAACUGUUCUCUUAAAAUGGCAGAGAAAGCAGUUCUGUUAUCAGAAUUCAGACAAAGGAGGCCAAGGAGAAGGACAAAUGAAUCUGUGAGUCAUAAAAACAGCUGAUGAAGGAAGGUAUUUAUGGGCAGGGGGAGAAUUAUUGCUUAAUGUGAAAUAAGCAACACACCUCAUAUACAAUAAAUUAUGCAAUGGCUAUCAUUUUGGGCAGGAGUGGCAAAGCUGCUCAUAUUUCUGACUUUUGGGGAGUGGCUGGCAAACCUGAAGCCAUCUUUCUGACCAAUGAAGUACUGGCUAACAUCCCACUUUGAUGCCCUAUUCACUCUGUCUUUAACAAAGUAGGCAAAAUAUUGCAUUUAUACAUCUGGUUAAUAUAACAAAAAUGAACAACAUUCAGUUGAGGAUCCCUCCCCCAAUAUUUUACUAAUAGUGUUCUCAUGUUCUUUAUAAAACUCUACAGUCCAUCUUAGAUAAAGACACUAAGAAUAAAAGAAAGUCUUGUGUCACAUCAUAUACUAGAUAGAUACCCAUAAACUUUAUUUUUAACUUCCCAUUUAAACUUACAUCUUGAAUACAAAUUCACAAGCAACUAUUAUAAUUGAUGCUUUUGCUAACUUACUAGGAUUUUCUUUUACUAUAUUUUAUCCAGACAAAACUGAUUAACACUUGUUUGGGAGAUGACCAGAACCUUGCAAUUGAGGAAAAUGAUCUGCUGAGUGUGGAUAAGAUUAAAAAUGUAACAGAGAAAAGGCAAUGAUUAAUCCAAAGCAACGAAACGACAGAAUUUCAGGCAUUGUAAUAACUGUAUAAAGUUAACUUGGGCAGAGAAAAUUUUUAGCUAGCUCCUUUCUGUCACAAACACAUAGGUUACCAUUCAUUCUGUCUUAUAAAUAGGAGGCACUCAAAUAUUUGCCAGGUGAAAGCCAUCCCCAAUCUUAUAUGCAUCAUACUCUAUCAACUUCUCUGCAACACAGCCUGCAUUAAACUAAACUUCAGAAGUUCACUAUAAACUUUCUACUGUAUCCUUUCAAGUUGCAGAAAGUAUAAACAAUCUUUUUUUCUCUUGACCUUACAGGGGCUGUUUAGAAAUCUAUGGCCAAAUCUGUAACCCAGAAACAACAAAAAAAAACUUCUUAGCAAAGGAUCACUAAGUACCCUUUGGACAUACUUUCCUACAGACAGACAAGAGUGCCAGGAACUUGGCAAACAAUUUGCCCCGUGAAAACUACAAAUACCAGCUGAUGUGUUUAAAAAGAUUCUGGGGUUGGCUGCAAGCAGAAUACCAGUCAACCCCCAGUGGGAUUCUAUUUCACAGGCUGCUGGUACUGAUCUCAGUCACUCAGGAAUGGAAAAGCGAGCCUCCUGUCCUCCAGCAGCAGCCCUCACCUGCACACCAAGUUAAGGAUGAAUGUACAGACACACCUUGCAGUGUCAAGAAUGUACCUUGCCUUGU